GUCCUGUCUAUACAUUCAUACAUCACCACAAUAAUUUCACAAACAUCUAACUUGUGAGGCGACAUGUUAUUUUGUCAAACAAUACACGGAAACUUGUUCGUUGUCACGCUCAUUAAGUUCUUUCACCAUUUUAAAUGAAAACAACAUAAAAAUUGUGACAAACAGUCUUAAGGUUUGGUGCGAGCAUCACAGAUUAUUGGCUCAAUUAAAAAUGUGAUUCGAAAUAUUCAAAAUGUCAAAAGUGUCGGUUGUUUUAUGUAUUUUGAUGUUAACGGUGAGGAGUGAGGAUGUGAGGAAAAGGAGGGAAGGAAGACAGGGGAAGUUGUUCACUUUUAAUACUCUAAACGAGGAUAUAAAGAUAGAUCUGGACUUUACCGUCCCAUUUUUAAGCAUACCUGUGAAGAAAACUAUGAACUCGGCGUAUGGACUCUUGGACUUUCCAACGAUAAACAUCAACCCAGCAUCCUUGGCUCUGGGCGGUGCAGUCGUGUUAGGAACCAGUAUUGCAGUGCCCUUCAUCCUCAAAUAUUACGCUCAUGAAACUAAUGAACGAUAUGGAAGAAUUUUAGAUAACGCGGAAUUCAGUGCUGAUGCUGUAUUGGACUUCGCUCACCAAAUGCUGUCAGGCAGCCAUGGACUCCGAGGAUGUCCGCUCAGGGUGGCUUGCUGGGCUGCUCAACAAGAAUAUGCUAAUCCUCGGGAGAUUAUCAAUCAAAUUGUGAACAACAGACUUCUGGCGUCAAUCGUGAAUUCUUCGGCGGUGGAAGACGCGAUGAUCUCCGGCCGGCACGGACGAAGCUGCAGCAGUUACGCACCAUGCCCUCUCCAGGAACACCAUGUACCAAUGUUAAUGACUAACCUAGCUAUACUCACCAACACACCAGGUUUCAAAUAAAAUGUUGGCACUUUGUGAUUUGUCCUAAUGCUCAUACUCGUACCUCGCAUUUGUAGAUUAAUAAGAAUUGUCUGGAUCAAACCUGGAUAUAAGGUGUUAGGCAAAUUAACCAGCUUUGGAAAUUUUGUCAAUGAACGAUGAACGAAUUCUUUGAGCGAAAGGGUAUAUUUGUAUCUUUAAGAAAAAAUCACAAAAUCUCGAUGUAUUCUUGUCGUUUUCCAAAUUCGCGUGUCCA